UCUGCUUGCAGUCACAGCAUUCAUCACUGAAAUCUCCAUUUAGAGACAAUAGGUCCGACAAGCCCACACACAAAUAUCCAUAGCCCAAAAAAAUCCUUAGACUAAAGCAUUUUGGGACGCGUUCACAUGUUCAAAAGAAUCUAAAAGUUGGAUCGCUAAAUUGACAAUGGCAGCCAGGCAGCCCACUCCCCGCCAGCUGGCGUACCUCGACGAGCUGAAGAUGCGCCUCCAGGAGCUGCGCGAUCGCCAGGCGUCCUUCAUGGAGCAGACGGCCAAGAUACUCAGCCGGAUGAGCUCCGCCAGUGUGGAUGGCUCGGACUGCGAGGCAUUGGCCACCGAGUCCACGGAGGAGAAUGUGACCGCCAACCCUUCGGCGGGCGUGGGUGCCGGGAUCACCAAGGGUUCCAAGGGCAAUCUUAAUAUCAAGCAGCUGAUCCAGCGCUUUGAAGAUCUGCGCAAGAACUCGCAGGAUUUUGAAGAUCUGCCCGAGGUGCCCGCGGAACUGAUCAACGUGGAUGUGCGCCGCCUCCUAAAUGGCUACGAGAAACUCAUCGAGGAGGGCAACGUGCUCCAGCAAUCCUGGUUCCUGCUCAAGAAGUCCACGGAGAGUUGUGCCCGAUUCGCCAGCGCCAAUGGCAUGGAGUCGGAGGAUCGUGCUCCGUUGAAGACCAACUCUGGCAUCGUUGAGGUAUCGUACGUGGUACCAGAACCCAGUCCUCAGCUGGUAAGAAUAUCGCCGCUCAGGAAAUCCCCAUCCCAGCUCUCGAACGUGGUCACCUGUUCGGAUGCAGUGGAAGGCAAGGAAAAGGUGUGCGGCCACAAGGAUGCCAAGUGGAAGUGCAGUUCGCAGGACUAUGGUCAUGCGCGUUGGGGAGCCUUUAUGCAAUUGAUGAUUCGCCUCCUUCGUCCUUUCCACGGCUGCAGCAAGGCAAAGAAAAAUGCCACCAUCUCGAUGCCCAGCCACCUGCCACCGAAGAGGAAGCCCAUCCACUAGGCCUUCUCCUGCCAGCCAUACACACAAAUGCACACAAGUGAAGAUCCAAAACUAAACCCACUAAAAAUAAUCCAAUAAAACCGACCCCAUCCAAAAGACGCGUUAA